AACAUGGCUAAUGGCAACACCGCAAGAAAUUUCAUCAAGGUUAUAAGAUCCCCUCAACUUAAAUCGCUUCAAACGCAUGUAAUUUGUGCAUAUGAAGAAGUCGUGUUCGGAUUCAGAAAAAGACCAGAGUCAUCCACUGCAAUCCAAACCGACGAAAGAUAAAUUAUUGGAAAGCAGAAUGCCUAACAUUAAAGUUUUCAGUGGAACAUCGCAUCCAGACUUGGCACAAAGGAUAGUGGACAGGCUAGGAAUUGAUUUGGGCAAAGUGGUUACAAAAAAAUUCAGUAAUUUAGAAACAUGUGUGGAAAUCGGGGAAUCUGUACGAGGGGAAGACGUGUAUAUCGUACAGUCAGGAAGUGGUGAAGUUAAUGACAAUUUGAUGGAGAUGUUAAUUAUGAUCAACGCCUGUAAAAUAGCGUCAGCAAGUCGAGUUACAGCUGUUAUUCCCUGUUUCCCUUAUGCACGACAAGAUAAAAAAGACAAGAACAAUGUAAGCGAGAAAGAACGCCAUGUGGAAAAGUGGAAAUCCAUUGAAUGGAAAUUCAGGAGUCGCGCUCCAAUUUCUGCAAAAUUAGUGGCGAACAUGUUGUCAGUAGCAGGUGCCGAUCACAUCAUCACGAUGGACCUGCAUGCAUCCCAGAUUCAAGGAUUUUUUGACAUUCCGGUUGAUAAUUUGUACGCUGAGCCUGCCGUUUUAAAAUGGAUUAAAGAAAACAUAGCUGAAUGGAGAAACAGUAUUAUAGUGUCUCCGGAUGCUGGAGGAGCAAAGAGAGUAACAUCGAUAGCUGACCGAUUGAAUGUCGAAUUUGCCUUGAUUCAUAAGGAGAGGAGAAAGGCGAAUGAGGUAGCUUCAAUGGUAUUGGUUGGAGAUGUCAAAGACCGAGUUGCCAUUCUGGUGGACGACAUGGCCGAUACGUGUGGGACAAUUUGCCAUGCUGCAGAGAAGCUUAUGGAAGCUGGAGCCACGAAAGUUUACGCAAUUUUGACCCACGGAAUAUUUUCAGGGCCAGCAAUAUCUCGAAUAAACAACGCUUGUUUUGAAGCGGUAGUUGUCACAAACACUAUUCCCCAGGAUGGACAUAUGAAAGACUGUUCGAAGGUUCAGUGUAUUGAUGUAUCGAUGAUGUUUGCUGAGGCUGUAAGGAGAACUCACAAUGGAGAGUCAGUUUCAUAUCUCUUUAGCAAUGUACCUUAUUGAAUAUAUUGGCUUUGUUAUAUUAUACAAUGGGGUGUCCCAUAAGGGAUGAGAAAUAGGAAGAAUUUUUUGAGCAAAAUAUAUAAGUGAUUUUUCAAAAAUUAAUUUUUUUAUCAGCCUGAAAUCGGCUAAGACCGCAAAUAAGAAUAUCUAUAAGUAUAAGCCUGAAAGGUUGAACCUUCUUGCCUAAAUUACACUCAGUGUAAUUUACACACAUAUUUGAAGUGUAUUAAGAAUUUGACUCUCUCUUUUGAUUGUCUACUUGUGAGACAGCCCUGUAGGAUGAAAGUAAGGAAAAUGUAGCUAUUAGUUUUUUUAUAAAAUGUACCCUUCAAGACAUGAAGUGCUUUCAUUUCAAAACUAGAAGUGUGAAAAAUCUGGAAUUUGUGUCAAAUAAACCAGUUUUUUCUCAGUA